AUGGCUAGCUACAAUGACUUCCAAGACAGCAAGAAUCCAGUCAAGGCAUAUAUCGCCGAAGAUGACAAUGAGAUCGGGCGCACUGCAGAUGGUGGUGAGCCGAAUCAACAUGAAAAGUCGACUUUGCGCAUAGUCAGCGACAGAAUUCCACUGGCAGCCUGGCUCGUUUGCGUCGUCGAGACAGCUGAACGAUUCACCUACUAUACCCUCUCAGGGCCCUUCCAAAACUACAUGCAGAACCCUUACGGCAACAAGCUCAACCCCGGUGCACUUGGCCUGGGCCAGGCCAAUGCCAGCAGCAUUUCCUAUGGCUUCAUGUUCUGGAUGUACCUCACACCUAUGAUUGCCGCCUACAUCGCCGAUUCAUACCUUGGGCGUCUGCGCACCAUUAACAUCGGUGCGGGUUUGUACCUUUGUGGCCUUACGAUCCUAUUCAUCACUUCCCUGCCCUUCUCGCUGGAACGGGGAGCCGGUCUUGGUGGUUUUAUUACGUCCUUGUUCCUUAUCGGUACCGGUGCUGGGUUCAUUAAAGCCAAUGUCGGCAUUAUGAUUUUCGAGCAGUAUACCGAGACGAAGCAGAAGGUCUCGACCCUCAAAUCAGGCGAGAGAGUCAUUGUCGAUCCGCAGACGACCAUCUCCAACAUUUAUAUGAUCUUCUACAAUGUUCUUUGUCUGGGAUGUCUCUCGGGUAUACCGGCAACGUAUAUUGAGCACCGCGUCGGGUUCUGGGCUGCCUUUUUGGUGCCUUUCUGUGUUUUCUGGAUCGCCGUCAUCACGCUCCUUCUGGGACGGAAGACCUAUGUGCAACGAGUUCCUGAGCCUGUUGUCGGCAAGGCUUUCACCAUCUUCCGCAUUGCCAUCAAGAAUGGCUUCAAUAUGGAUGCGGCAAGACCUUCUUUCCAGGCCGAACAUGGCGGUACAGAUGUCAUCACCUGGGACGAUAAGUUUGUCACCGAGUUGAAGCGUAGUCUCUAUGCCUGUAAGGUUUUCAUUCCCCAGCCCAUAGCUUGGCUGUGUUACCUGCAAGCCGUCAACAAUCUCGUUUCUCAAGCCGGAACGAUGGAACGGCACGGCCUUCCCAACGACGUCCUCUACAACUUUACUCUAAUCAUUGAGAUUGUGCUAAUUCAAGUUUUCCGGACGAUGCUUUACCCCUUACUCCGCAAAUGGCACGUCGGCAUUGGGCCCAUCCGCCGCAUUACCGCUGGCUUCAUUGCAGGAACAUUGGCCAUCGCAUGGGCGGCUAUCGUCCAGAAGAUAAUCUACUCUGCCGGUCCUUGUUACAACUCACCUCUCACUUGCGACGCCAGCGAGGACGGCACCGUUCCCAACCGCGUCCACGUCAUGCUCCAGUUCCCCUCCUAUGUACUCUUCGCGCUCUCCGAAAUUGGGUUUGCAAUCACGGCAAGCGAAUAUGCCUACACUAAAGCACCCAAGGGCAUGAAGGGAAUCAUCGGGUCUAUAAACUACCUGACAGUUGCAGUCGCUUCUUUACUCGGUAUGGCUAUCUCCCGCACGGCGGUUGAUCCUGGAUUGACGUGGCUUUAUACGUCUCUCGCGGUCGUGUACUUUGUUGUCACUGCCUUGUUUUGGUAUUUCUGUCGCGGGUAUGAUAAGCUUGAGGACGAGCUGUUUGAUCUGGACAAUGAAGAUAACGCGAGCAACACCUAGAAUCAUUAAAGAUUUGAUUUUUCGGCUCUCUAAAAGCACUUUGAUCUUGCUAAGAUUCUUUACGUUGCUCGUUUGAGAGGAGGGGAUUGCUUUGCUUGCAGGGAUAUAUCAUUACUCCUCCAGAAUGGUCG